AUGAUACAUCUCCUGACGAUACUUAACAUUGAAAAUAAAUCAAAGAGUAAGCGGUGGCCCUUCCUUAAAAGCAGUGCUCUCACGAUAGGCACUGGCAGAUACUCCAUCUAUAUUGCAAACUAUGCAGACCGCAAAGUGGGCCCCCAUGCCUUAAUUGAGCUGGACGAGGUUGCAAGUGACAUAGCUAAAGGAAUAAUUGUGCUCUCAAAUGUGGCAGCUGAAGCCGGUGUUAAUAAGUAUACAGGUGGACGUGGAGUCACCAUUGGACCGAUCCUCAGCUCCGCAGCGUCUGACAUUUUUUGUGACAAUGAGAAUGGACCAAACUUUCUCUUCCAGAAUAAAGGUGAUGGGACAUUUGCUGAUGUGGCAGCUAGUGCAGGUGUAGAUGAUGCCUACCAGCACGGUCGAGGUGUAGCUCUAGCUGACUUCAAUAGGGAUGGAAAAGUAGAUAUCGUAUAUGGAAACUGGAAUGGACCUCAUCGCCUGUUUUUACAAAUGAGCACAAAUGGAAAAGUUAGAUUCAGGGAUAUUGCGACUCAGAAGUUCUCGAUGCCUUCUCCAAUCCGCACUGUGAUUGCUGCUGACUUCGAUAAUGAUCAGGAGCUGGAAGUCUUUUUUAAUAACAUUGCCUACAGGGGCUCUUCAGCGAAUCGUAUGUUCAGAGUUGGACGUCGGGAACAUGCAGACCCUUAUAUGGAGGAACUCAAUCCAGGAGAUGCUUCAGAGCCAGAAGGGAGGGGAACUGGUGGCGCUGUGACUGACUUUGAUGGCGAUGGCAUGCUGGACCUAAUCUUAUCCCACGGAGAGUCCAUGGCGCAGCCCUUAUCUGUCUUCAAGGGGAAGCAGGGCUUGAAAAACAAUUGGCUCAGAGUGAUCCCUCGCACCAAGUACGGAGCUUUUGCAAGAGGUGCUAAAGUGGUCCUAUACACCAAGAAAAGUGGGGCCCAUCUAAGAAUUAUUGACGGCGGAUCUGGGUACCUUUGUGAGAUGGAACCGGUCGCGCACUUUGGCCUCGGCAAGGAUGAGGCGAGCAGCUUGGAGGUGACUUGGCCUGACGGCAGGAUUUUCACCCGAGGCAUCGCUGAAGGAGAAAUAAACUCCGUAUUGGAAAUUGCAUAUCCUCUUGAAGAAGAUAGUGUUACUAAACCGACGGUUAUAGAGUGCGGCCAGGGCUUCUCGGUGAAUGAAAAUGGACAUUGCGGAGAUACUGAUGAGUGCAUACAGUUCCCAUUCGUUUGUCCUAGGGAGAAGCCCAUUUGUAUCAACACAUAUGGAGGCUACAAAUGUCGUCCCAACAGGAGAUGCAACCGUGGCUUUGAGCCAAAUGAAGAUGGCACAGCUUGUGUUGGUAUGAACAAUGGAUGGUUUUAAAAGGGCUUACCGUAACUCAAAAUUUUAUAAUAGGGUAUAUCAAAAUGGUUUUUUUUAAACUGGUCAUGAGAAUUUAAGAUGUUUUUGUACUAGAAAUUGUCCUAGUAUAGAAAAUAAAACCAUUCUAUGGAGUA